AAGAUCCGAUUCAAAGAGUCGAUUUAUAAGCUAAAACGAUAAACGGCUUGUAGCUACCUGGCUAACUGUUAGCGCGAGAUGGGAUGUCUGUUAAAUCGGCAUGACAUCAAUUAUUCAAAAGCAUUUAUUUGUGAAUAUUAUCGGCUGGUUUGGGUUUGUUUUUGUACUGACUGAUGAUCCGACAAGUUCAUUAGAUGGCAGGCUAACUAAUGUCGGCUAACUAGCUAGCUACACCGACUUGGUUGCUGUGAGGUAAACCAAAUAAGAUCAUGGAUUUCCCAGGACACUUUGAGCAGAUCUUCCAGCAGCUGAACUACCAGCGUGUCCACGGGCAGCUGUGUGACUGUGUGAUUGUGGUGGGCAGCCGGCAUUUCAAAGCUCACCGCGCUGUCUUGGCCGCAGUCAGCACGCACUUCCGUGCGCUGUUUUGUGUCUCUGAGGGUGAUGGCAACGUGAGUGUAAUCCGUCUGGAUUCAGAGGUGGUGACAGCUGAGGCGUUCUCGGUGCUCGUGGACAUGAUGUACACGUCCACGCUGACGCUGGGAGAGAGCAAUGUAAUGGAUGUGUUAUUGGCCGCAUCUCAUUUGCAUUUAAAUAUCGUAGUGAAGGCUUGUAAGCAUUAUCUAAACACACGGACUUUGCCUAAGUCACCUCUUAGCGAGCGCGGGAGUCAGCGUGUUGAGCAACAGCAGCUGAAUAAUAACUCUAACUCGCACCUCCAACGCUCGUUCCUCCUGCAGCAGCUCGGGUUAAGCGUAGUUAGCUCCGCCCUUAAUGAAGAAACUGAGGAAGAAGGGCACGCAGCCAGUCGAGGGGCAGGGGCAGUUUCAGCUAGCGGACUGUUACACCAGCGGGAGUCUUUCACCCCACAGCGACGCUUGCAGAAGCGCAGGCAGAACUUUUCUCUGAUUCGGUCGGAGGCAGAGAACCCGCGACAAAGACAACACCUCCCUUCACAAGGCCAGGGGAUCGUGGAUGAUUGUGGAGAGGGAGGAGCUGUAGGGGAGGAACUUCUUUCCCCAGACUCACGUAGCAAAACCAUCGAUGAGGAUUCCAAAAUGGACGUAGUGGUGAUCGGAGGGGAUGAGAGAGAAGACUACAGAAGGGCAACAGCACAUGAGGACGUACAGCUGCCCAGCCAAUCAGACGGUGGCAGAGGGAGCAGGGUGGAGCCUCUUCUGCUGCCGCACAAGGACGAAUAUCCAGAGGGUGAUGGUGUUCAAGUGAAAGGUGGAGGUGAGGGCGAAGCAGCACGUAUGCAGGUGAUGGUAAAGAGCGAGCCAAUCAGCUCGCCUGAAGGAGCUGACGAGACCAGUGAUGUCAUGUCGCAGGCUGAGGGCAGUGACCAGGUGGAGGCCGUGGGAGAGAAGCUGGAACUGAGUCCUGAAGGCAGCGAGCACAGCUUCAGUGACCCUCAGCCCAGCUCCGACAUCCUGAUCUCAGAAAUCAAGGGACCGGUCAUGGAAGGGGAAAGACUGGGCGAUACAGGAGGAGGUCUAGAGAGCCGGAGAGAAAGAGGAGGGGGUCUCCUGAGCCCGAUGAGCUUCGACCGUGUCUCUGUCUCAAAUACCACCACCGGGGAGUGCACACUGGACCACGAGCCCCCUCGCUUCCUGUUCGGCUCCGAAUCAUCCUCUUCUAUGCACCUCCCUCCGUCUCAGAACCUCCUCUGUCGGGAGGCACAGGAUUUUUCGAGCAUGCGCGCUGACACACUUCUGCUUCAGCCCAUGCUGGAUUCGAUCGCGUCGUCCUCUUCAGAGCAGCUGGCGAUGGAGUUUCAGAGGAACAUUUGCGGGGGCGGGGCAUAUAGAUUUCCGUCUUAUCGACGCAUCGCACCGAAAGCUGCAGCUGCAGCUGCUUUGAUGCAGGACGCUGCUUCCUCUUCCUCCUCAUCGUCGUCCAUGCUUGUAAACGGUGCUAAUUUUGACGCUUCUAGCCAACGAGGCAGCAACUCGAAUCCUCUCCCACAGUUGACCCGCGCCUCAGCCGACGUGCUCUCCAAGUGUAAGAAGGCACUUUCUGAGCAUAACGUGCUGGUGGUGGAAGGAGCACGCAAGUACGCCUGUAAAAUCUGCUGUAAAACCUUCCUGACAUUAACAGACUGCAAGAAGCACAUCCGGGUUCACACGGGCGAGAAACCUUACGCUUGCCUGAAGUGCGGCAAGCGUUUUAGCCAAUCCAGCCACCUGUACAAACACUCCAAAACAACCUGCCUCCGGUGGCAGAACAACACCAUGUCGACCGGACUGCUUUAGAUCCAACACAUAUUUGUGAAUAUUAAACACACCCUGGAGAAUCAGCCUUGAAAAUACACCUGUGUGUGAUGCAGCCUGGAACACACACGGAAUUAGAUAUUACACUACUGUUAUCAAUAAUCCUUCACAAGCGAUGGCAUUAAAGAUGACGUGUGAUUUUUA